CCGGCAGCGACCGGCUCACUUGGCCAGCGCUGCGCUGCGGGGAGGGCGGCUCUGCGAAGCCGCAAGUCCUCCCGCCGCGCUCCGGACCUAGCAUGGCUUUCGCCAAUUUCCGCCGCAUCUUGCGCUUGUCCAACUUCGAGAAGAGAAAGUCCCGGGAAUAUGAGCACGUCCGCCGGGACCUGGACCCCAACGACGUGUGGGAGAUUGUGGGCGAGCUGGGCGAUGGCGCCUUCGGCAAAGUCUACAAGGCCAAAAACAAGGAGACCGGUGCUUUGGCAGCAGCCAAAGUCAUCGAGACCAAGAGCGAGGAGGAGCUGGAGGACUACAUUGUGGAGAUUGAGAUCCUGGCCACCUGCGACCACCCGUACAUCGUGAAGCUCCUGGGGGCCUAUUACUAUGAUGGGAAGCUGUGGAUCAUGAUUGAGUUCUGCCCUGGGGGAGCUGUGGAUGCCAUCAUGCUGGAGCUAGACCGAGGCCUCACCGAGCCCCAGAUUCAGGUCGUAUGCCGCCAGAUGCUGGAGGCGCUCGACUUCCUGCAUGGCAAGAGGAUCAUCCACCGCGACCUGAAAGCCGGCAAUGUGCUUAUGACCCUUGAGGGGGACAUCAGGCUGGCUGACUUUGGUGUGUCUGCCAAGAAUCUGAAAACUCUGCAAAAGCGAGAUUCCUUCAUAGGAACGCCUUACUGGAUGGCCCCUGAGGUGGUGCUCUGUGAGACCAUGAAGGACGCCCCCUAUGACUACAAGGCUGACAUCUGGUCCUUGGGCAUCACGCUGAUCGAGAUGGCGCAGAUUGAGCCGCCACACCACGAGCUCAACCCCAUGCGGGUCCUGCUCAAGAUUGCCAAGUCAGACCCUCCCACACUGCUCACGCCCUCCAAGUGGUCCAUGGAGUUCCGAGACUUUCUGAAGAUAGCGUUGGAUAAGAACCCAGAGACCCGGCCCAGUGCUGCGCAGCUGCUGGAGCAUCCCUUUGUCAGCACCGUCACCAGCAACAAGGCUCUUCGGGAGCUGGUGGCUGAGGCAAAGGCCGAGGUGAUGGAGGAGAUCGAGGAUGCCAGGGAUGACAGCAAGGAUGACGGCAAGGAUGACGGAGAGGAGGAGGAUGCUGUGGAUGCCACCUUGCCCCUGGUCAACCACACUCAGGACUCGGCUGCUGCAACUGAGCCGAGCCUCGACUCGGACAAGCCUCCCCAGGACUCUUGUGCCACCCUGCCUCCCAGUCAGCCUCGGGAGCCUGUGAACGGGCCCUGUAGCCAGCCUUCAGAGGGUGGAUCCCUCCAGACCACCAGCCCUGCAGAUGUGGUCCCCAAGAGUGAUGAUGAUUUUAAGGUACCUGUUCCCCUCCGGAAGUCCCGACCAUUGUCCAUGGAUGCCGGAAUUCAGGUAGCCGAAGAGAAACAAGUCACUGGCCAGGCUGAGGACCCCAGUCCUGUGGCCAGCAAGUCCCAAAAGGCAGGCCACAGCCGCCCUAACAGCAGCGCCCUGGAGACCUUGGGUGGAGAGAAGCUGACCAACGGUGGCCUGGGACUCCCCAGCUCUGGAGCUCCAAGCCAUGUUAAGAGGGCUUCAGACUGCAGCAGCCUGUCUACCUCGGAGAGCAUGGACUACGGCACCUCUCUGUCUGCCGACCUGUCACUGAACAAAGAAACAGGCUCAUUGUCUCUCAAGGGCUCAAAACUGCACAACAAGACCCUGAAGCGGACCCGCAGGUUUGUGGUGGACGGUGUGGAGGUGAGUAUCACCACCUCCAAGAUCAUCAGUGAAGAUGAGAAGAAAGACGAGGAGAUGAGAUUUCUCAGGCGCCAGGAACUCCGAGAGCUUCGGCUGCUGCAGAAAGAAGAACAUCGGAACCAGACCCAGCUGAGCAACAAGCACGAGCUGCAGCUGGAGCAAAUGCACAAACGUUUUGAACAAGAAAUCAACGCCAAGAAGAAAUUCUAUGACGUGGAGCUAGAGAACCUGGAGCGGCAGCAGAAGCAGCAAGUGGAGAAGAUGGAGCAGGACCACGGCGUGCGCCGCAAGGAGGAGGCCAAGAGGAUCCGCCUGGAGCAGGAUCGAGACUACGCCAAGUUCCAAGAGCAACUCAAGCAGAUGAAGAAGGAGGUGAAGAAUGAGGUUGAGAAACUGCCCCGGCAGCAGCGGAAAGAGAGCAUGAGACAGAAGAUGGAAGAACACUCGCAGAAGAAGCAACUGCUUGACCGAGACUUUGUAGCCAAGCAGAAGGAGGACCUGGAGCUGGCCAUGAAGAAGCUCACCGUAGAAAACAGGCGUGAGAUCUGUGACAAGGAGCGAGAGUGCCUCAGCAAGAAGCAGGAGCUCCUCCGAGACCGUGAGGCGGCCCUGUGGGAGAUGGAGGAGCACCAGUUGCAGGAGCGGCAUCAGCUGGUGAAGCAGCAGCUUAAGGACCAGUACUUCCUGCAGCGGCAUGAACUGUUGCGCAAGCAUGAGAAGGAACGGGAACAGAUGCAGCGCUACAACCAGCGGAUGAUGGAGCAGCUGAAGGUCAGGCAGCAGCAGGAGAAGGCGCGGCUGCCCAAGAUCCAGAGGAGUGACGGCAAGACGCGCAUGGCCAUGUACAAGAAGAGCCUGCACAUCAAUGGGGCGGGCAGCGCCUCCGAGCAGCGCGAGAAGAUCAAGCAGUUCUCCCAGCAGGAGGAGAAGAGGCAGAAGGCGGAGAGGCUGCAGCAGCAGCAGAAACACGAGAACCAGAUGCGAGACAUGGUGGCCCAGUGCGAGAGCAACAUGAGCGAGCUGCAGCAGCUGCAGAAUGAAAAGUGUCACCUAUUGGUAGAGCAUGAAACCCAGAAGCUGAAGGCCCUGGAUGAGAGCCAUAACCAGAGCUUGAAGGAGUGGCGGGACAAGUUGCGGCCACGCAAGAAGGCCCUGGAAGAGGAUUUGAACCAGAAGAAGCGGGAGCAGGAAAUGUUCUUCAAAUUAAGCGAGGAGGCAGAGCCCAGACCCACCACCCCCAACAGAGCCAGCAAGUUCUUCCCCUAUAGCCCUGGGGAUGCUUCCUAA